AUGGCCACCACAUCACUGCAAACAAGUAGCACGCCAAAACGCAAGAGAGAAGAAGCAUCUGGAACACCACCUGUACAAUUCACCUUCGAGUUGGAUCCUCUAACAUUCGCUUUUCCCUCUCCUUCUACCACUGCACAGACCGAAGAUGGAAGCAACAGUCCACGGUCAUGGGUCACCCACAAGUUCCGUGGGCUCGCGCUGGAAAGUGGGGGCGGGGCAACCGUCAGCGGCAGUGAAGAUAACGAUAAUCUCAUGGACGAGUCGAUUAGGAAGCGCCAGAAGCCCGAUGAGACCAUGAGAGAAGCAGAUGCACCCCCGACUGUGCAAGAAGUCGUUGACCUCGAUGGAAAAUCUGUACGACCUUACAGUGAACCGCUGCCAGAUUCCGAAAGCUGUGUGCAAGUCCGACUGAAAGAACCACACCAACACCGCCAUCUCAAACAAACAGACGGCAACCUACAUCAUGCAUACCCUUCCAUCAACAGAUUGUCUGAGUCAAAGUCAAGAGUCAAAAAGAGAACCGGUUCACCACCCUUACGUAUGAAGAAACCAUCACGACGCCCCUUUGAUGACUCAGACCAAGAAGAGGUCCAAAUUGUCGACCCCGUCAGAGCCGCAUUGACUUGGCACGAAGAUGAAAUUACUAUCUACGAUCCUGAAGACGAGGACGAUGAUGGUGUUGGAAUCAACGGAAUCGGCUUCAAACCAUCCCCAGCUCUUGCUCAAGCCCGCGCCAUGAAACGGAGACAGCAAAUGGCUGAGUAUCGCAAACGAGAGGAAAGCGAUGCACGAGCCCGACGUCGCCAACAACGAGGUUGCGGUUCAGGAGUCAAGUUCAAAUCAGACGACCAGUCACCACCGAGAAAGGUCAGGUUCACGGAUGCGGAUGCUUCCAGCAUCGCUAUCACUACAGGAUAA